CGUUCACCUUGGCGGAGAAACGUCUCUCGUUCGUCACUUGGUUUGUGGCUGCUAAGUGGGUUGGUUUGGUACUUGGUAUUGGUACCAUGGAAUGGCGGAUGAGUUCCAUACACCCUAUUUUAUAACAUCGAUCCAGUUUUUAAAGUAAAAAGUUACCAGCAAGGGUUGUCUGGAGUUAGGGAGACAUGUGUGAGACAACUCCUGUUGGAGCCUAAUAGGAAUCAUUCGGUGAGAUUUAUUUUUUUGUAAUAAUUUUUUGUAAUUAGCCAUUGUCAUGUGUUUUCUGUUGUGGAAUAUUUAAAAUAUUAGUCCCAUUCUUAAACUUUCUUAGUCAAUCUAUUAAGGGAAGGGUGUAGAUGAUUUCGAUCUUUAUAUUAUCUUUAUAUCGAUCUUUAUAUUAAUGGGGUUUUUGGUUUUACAUAACCAAACAUUUUUGGAAGUCCUCAAAUUAAUAUUGGAAAUAAUUACCAUUUCUCUGUAGGUUUUAAAUUUAUUGAACAUCCAAUAUUUUAUAAAUUCAAUAUAUUUUUACAGAUAUUUCCUCAAAUAAAUCAUUUCAAUGCCAUUUAUUCAUGUCUUCACACUUAAAAUAGUUCAAGGUUACCUGAGAUUGGUUUUUUGUUCCAUUUUUAAUGGCCGGUUUUUCUAUACUAUUGCUUCUAAAAAGUAUUUCUUCUUCCCUUUACUUUUUGCUCAUGUUUAAAAUGGGAAAUAAAACUGGGAAUGUUUUUAGCCAUUUGGAAGAAACCCUAACAUGAAACCGUAGCCCUUUGACCACCUAGGGAAACCACUGCAGCCACGGCCAAGUCACCACUGGGUGUAUGUCUAUUUGGGAGCAAGCGAUGGGAGCGUUCCAGCUCAAUUUUCGUCUUGGCACCUGGGCCUACAGGAGUCAUGGGGUCGCACCAUCCUGGUGCAUCAUUUUCUAGGAUGCAACCGCAACCUCGUUUGGGAACAUUUAGUGAGGUGUUUUAGUAACUAUUGGUUUUUUUUUUAUAUUUCAGACUAUCUGUUAAAUACACUAUGUUUUUUUCCAGAUUUAGGUUACCUUUGGUUUUUUUGACAUAUUUGUAUAUUAGAUUAUUUGGUUCCCAAACUUUGUAUCUACGGUAACUUCUUGUGCACAGGAAUAAGCCUAGAGAAAAUUAGGUUUUUAAUACUUUAUUAGUGCUUUGAUAUUGAUUUAUGUAAUUCGGGUAAAUUUAUUUUUUAAUAUUACUAGCUUGUUUCCCAAAUAUUUUACUGUUAUUCGCUUUAUUCCGUUUGUUUGGUUAAUUUAGGUCAUCGUCGGUAUUUAUCUCAACUUCAUUUCUACUUUAGUCAAUUGUAUAUUUAACUUUAUUUAUUCAUUAUUGUAUUUUCCCUUAGUGAGGCUUGGGCCUAUUUAUUUGUAGUAUUUUUAUGUUUUAAAUUAUGUUUGUCACAAGAUUUCUUUUCUUUCAACAAUAUUAUUUAUAGACAGGCACAAGGCCUUGCAAUGGGAAAUCCCUUAUCACCUGUACUAGCAGAUUUGUUCUUAAAUAACCUUGAGUGUAAUAUCUUUGACAAUCAUUCUUCAGUUCAUAAUCCUUUACAAAAAAUCUUGUAUUGGUUCAGAUAUGUGGAUGAUGUGUUAGCUAUUAUAGAUGGAAAUUCCUCUGAUGCAGAAAAUAUUCUAGUUUCACUCAAUAAUUUACAUCCAGCCAUAACAUUCACUUUAGAAACAGAGUCUAACAAUUCUAUUAAUUUUCUAGACCUAACAUUGACUAGAAUAGAGAACAAAUUAAGUUUUUCAGUCUUUAGAAAACCAACUCAGACUGACCACACUAUCCCUAGAUCUUCUAAUCAUCCUUUUCAACAGAAGAUGGCAUCUUUUUAUUGCUAUAUCCACCGUUUACUUAGCUUACCAUUAUCAGACACAAAUUUUACUUCUGAAUUAGAUAUUAUUAAACAACUUGCAUAUAGUAAUGGUUACUCCCCUACUUUGGUUGACAACAUACUCAACAAAUUAAGGAAUAAAAGGAAUAGAUCUCUAGCUUAUAAUGCUACUCCUGACAAUUCCAAUUCAGAAGUUAUGUAUAGAUCUAUAUCAUACAUAGGUUAUCCUUCAGACAAUAUAGCCAAAAUCUUAAAUAACAUUCCUAACUUAAAACUCUCAUUUAAAUGUAAGGAAAACAUCAGGUCUAUUUUUUCUCAUACUAAAGACAGAAUUAAAAAAACUUCUAAAAGUGGCAUAUAUAAAUUGUCAUGUGGUGACUGCCCUGUGACCUACGUGGGUAGAACGAUGCGACCGUUGGAUACACGUAUUAAAGAACAUCUUUCAAAGAUCGAUAAAUCUAGUUUUGGUCAUCAUUUGCAUGCAUCGAAACACAGCUUUAGUCCCCAAAGAGACAGUAGGAUCCUACAUAGCAUACCAAAUAAUAACUAUACUAAAAUGAAUCUACUAGAAGAUCUAGAAAUAAGUAGAGAAAUGAAAAGAAAUCCUCAAAACUGUGUUAACACUCAGAUUCAAUUAAAUUGUAAAUUUGAUCCUAUCUUUAAGAAAUUUCUUUAAUAAUUUUGGUUUAGUAUACAGUAUACCCAACAAUUGCUGUAGGUAUUUUGAACAUUACUUUUUCGGUAUUCUUGAGUUUUCUUUCAUUGAUUACAUAUAAGUAGAAUAUUUGAGAUUUGACUUAAUCUUUUGGUAAAUUUGUUAAUUUUAUAAAAUAACAGCUUUUGAACUCUGAACUUGACAAAUGAGACUUCUCCUUGGUUUGUUUUCAUCUAACUUCUUUUCUACACUUGGUCAAACCAUAACGGUUUGUUUUUAAAAGAAUUUUUGAUAACUUACGUACACGUUAACAUUUCACUUCAAUAUUAAUAUUUGUAAUUUUGAAAAUUUAACUUUAUAAAAAAAUUUAGUAUCUUCACUUAGAAUUAAUUUAACCAACACAUGGCCUUUUAGCCAUUUUCA